AACAUAAUAUUGUGUGUCAGUAGGUCAGUUAACGUGGCGUGACGGGACAAACUUCACUGUAUAUAAUAACUACAUGUAGCAUCAAGAAGAGAGACCAGUCUUCACCGGCGUCCUUUAGCAACCACCAUGAGUGACAACAUUACACCUGUCACCUUCGGCCCGGUCUUCCACUUUAAAGGCGUGAGGUUCUUCCCAACAGCCGACCGUCGGGCGGUGGAACUGGUGGAGUCAUUUGAAGUGAGAGACGAUGACGUUUUCCUGUCGGGGUAUCCCAAGUCAGGCAAUACAUGGGUACAGCAGAUCGUGUCUCUACUGUCCACUGAGGGCGAUCUGAGCGAAGUGAACAAGAUCCCGAUCUUUGUCCGCGUACCAUGGCUGGGAACAAUGGACAAGUCAGGGUCCGGGAAGCCGAUGCCCAAGUUUCUGAAGGACGCGCCCUCCCCCCGCCUGAUUAAGACCCACAUGCCGUAUCACAUGUUACCUAGGCAGACAAGAGAGGGGAAGGGGAAGAUUAUCCACUGUGUGAGGAACGUGAAAGACGUGGUGGUUUCGUGGCACAAGAUGAGGGAAGGCUUCGAAUAUCUGCCAUCUGGAACGUUUGACGAAAACUUCCAAGAAUUCAUCAAUCCCGAGCAAGCUGCUUUCGGUUUCUGGUGGGACGUGGUUCCGGAGUACUGGCGUCACAAGGAUGACACAAACAUGCUCUUCCUCAAGUUUGAGGACCUGAAGCGGGACCUGCGAGGCAACGUGGUGAAAAUCGCAAACUUCCUGGGCAAGACUCCGUCAGACCAGCGCAUUGAUGAGGUGGUUUCCUACUGUACCUUCUCUGCUAUGAGGGACAACGAUGCUACAAACAUUUCUCGGAAUGAAUUGUUCAAAGGCCAAAGGAAAGAGGGGUUUGAGUUCGUACGAAAAGGAAAGGUUGGAGACUGGAAAAACUCGCUCAGUCCGGAGCAGAGCAAAAUCCUGGAUGACAUCCACAGGGAGAAAAUGGCGGGCGUGGAUUUGACUUUUGAGUUUGAGUAAUGUGAAUACUUAGUACACUCCGCGUUCUGUCAAAACCAGGCCUUCGGUUGUUUGUAUACAGCUGGGCGUUGGCCCAUUUCAAAUACGACGGUAUAAAUUGCGGUCUCGUCGGUCCUAGCUUGGCAGUGUUUCUCUCUCCUUCUGCCGGUAUAAGGUCAUAAUAGGCAAUAUUAUUUCGAAGCAGCACCCUUUACAAAUAAUUACACUGCCUCAAUUAGGAAAUAUUUGCUUACAUUUUGCGUUUUAUUGUUCG